AUGAUCCGGUCUCUCCUUAGGAAAGAUUCCACGCCAUCCGCUUCGCUCCAAGUCCUCUCCGACCUCCAUCUCGAAAUCGACCAACAAUACACCUCGUUCAAGAUCCCCGUACCGGUACACGCCAAGCAUCUCGUUCUAGCUGGCGAUGUGGGCCGUCUCGUGGAGUAUGACAACUACCGCGCGUUUCUCAAGCAGCAGACCGACCAAUUCGAGCUUGUUUUCCUUGUCUUGGGCAACCAUGAGUUCUACAACGAUACCUUUGCAGCUGGACUGGAGAGGGCUCAACGCCUUGAAAAGGAACCGUGCAUGAAUGGCCGACUUGUCCUCCUCAACCAGCGACGAUUUGAUAUCCCCGAGUCGAGUGUUACGGUCCUCGGAUGCUCGCUGUGGUCGCGGAUUCCGGAUUGGUGCAGGGAUAUGGUCCGGAUGAAGAUUCAGGACAUCGAGAAGAUUAGAGGGUGGAGUGUUGAUGGCCACUGUGCAGCUCACACAUCCGAUCUUCCAUGGUUACUCGCUGAGAUUUCUUCAAUCAGCGAGGAGAAUCAGCUUGAGAGCCGAGGCGACGGCCAGAGCGAGAAAUAA